AUGGUUCAUAGAAAAUACUUUAUUCCUCCUGCCAUCAACAUCUCCAUGUAUCGAGUCCUGUUCUUAGUGUUCCAAUGUCCCAUCCUGAAGCUGAAGAAACUGCCCUGGGUGCACAAGCCAUCGGCCAUGAUGGUGUAUGCCCUGGUGGUGGUGUCUUACUUCCUCAACAUCGGAGGGAUAAUGUAUGUUAUUGUUGAACCUCCAAGUGUUGGCUCUAUGAUUGAUGAAUGUGGGCAUCAGAGGCCAGUAGCUUUCUUGGUCUACAGAGGGCAUCUGAUGGGUUAG